AUGGCGAAGGAAAUCUCCAACGGGGUGAAUCAUGGAACGUCGAAGCCACCUCCGACACCUUCACCUCUGCGUAACUCGAAGUUCUCUCCGGAAAGUUUGGAGCUCCCUUCUCUUUUCUCUUCCUCUUUUUGGAUGGACCUUCAUCUUCUCUGCUUUGUAUGCUUUCUAAUGCAGCCUCGGCAUAUUUUUACGACAACUUUACUCUGAUCGACGUCAGCGGAUCAUAACCCUCCUCCGUUGCAUGCUGAAAUAAGGCACUUGUGAGCCUUAAGAAACAUUUUUCUUAGGCCCUAAUUUUAGCAAAAAAAAAUCUAGUGCAGGAUGUUGCCCGGUUGGUGAUACUUUCCUUUUGGUUAAAAUCGAAUUUUCUAUAAUGAUUGGAAUCUUUUUUUCGUAACGACAGUCAAACUACUCGAUCCAGUAUUAGGGAUUGCUUGAAAGUUAUUUUUUGGUGAAUGUCUUUGAGAAUGAAUGGUUGCUCAUUUUCUAUAACACAACAUGCAUUGUGUGAUUGAUUGCUUUUGGCAUUUAGGCAAAACAUUCUGUCUCAUUCUCAGUUGGAUAUCCCUCAUGUUAUGUGGCGAACCGCUUAGGAUAUGAACCCAUUUGGAGCAAUAUAAUUUAAUAAUUCACAGAAGAUUUUCUUCUGUUUUUUCUUUCUCGGAUGAAUGCCGAGCUGAUGAGUCAACUCUGGUUAUUGGAUCCCUGCGACAGUUUGAGCUUUGGGUGAUGACAAACAACCGUUUUUGCAUCAUGUCCGCAGGCCAAUUUGAGAAUCUUGGUUACGGGGGGAGCUGGAUUCAUCGGAUCCCAUUUGGUGGACAGACUGAUGGAAAAUGAGAAAAAUGAGGUGGAUUUCUUCAUCAAGCUGUUUCCUUGUUCUAUUAGAUCUUACCUAAAGGCAUUUUUAUUGUGAGAAACUGGAAGAUAAAGUUACAACCGAUCAACGAUCUGAAGUUCUUUGGACAUUCAAAGUUCUGGUUCUAACAGUGAUGUGGAUGUUUUCGCCCUCCCCCCUAAAUAUCCACAGGUGAUUGUUGCCGAUAAUUUUUUCUCUGGUUCAAAGGACAACCUCAAGAAGUGGAUUGGGAAUCCAAGAUUUGAGCUCAUUCGGCAUGGUAUUAAUGAAGUACUUAAUGUACUUCUUUUUAAUCUCGCAUCAAAUCAUCUUCCUUGAUUCUCUUGCGAUCGAGGGAACUGGUGAAGCCCCUUUCUGUAUGCCGUCAUUCAAAAAAUGUCUUCUAAACAGACUGCACAGAUAUAUUCAUGAUCCUCUAACAUUGAGUCAGUUAAAAUUUAUUGAAUUAUCAAGGCCAAGGCAUUGACAUAUGUGCUCAAGUAUUUUCCAUCCUCUGUUGCAGAUGUCACUGAGACUUUGCUUGUAGAGGUUGACCGAAUCUAUCAUCUGGCCUGCCCUGCUUCUCCGAUUUUCUACAAAUAUAAUCCUGUGAAGGUGCGCAUCUCGUUUUAUAUUUCUGUGAAAUUUAAUCACUUUUAACCUUGUCAUUUUCAUGGUUGACCUUCUAUCUUCAACUCAUCUGUGUCUUUGGCAUUAUCUGGACUCCAUCAGUAUCUAUAUCCGGAAUUCACCUAUGCAGCUGGGUCAUUUCCAAAUAAAAGCAUUUUCUAUCUUAUAUAGUGAGAGUAUGCCGUGAUUUUAGUCAAAUGCAAGCACGCCACCCAUCGCUUUCAGUCUCCUGGAUCAUUUCCUUAUUUCCAUUUUAUUUCCUUAUUUUCUUGGUCCAAUUUCCUUCAGUUUGGACAAAAAUCUCAGUUGAAUGAUGCCCAAAAGUUUGUGAAACCCCUGAAAUUUAUUACGGGUAGGUGGUUUUUUGCUCUAUGACAGCACUGAUCGGUCCCUCGUGACUGUCGCCAUCCGAAGUUAAUGUGGGUGCAAUAUCGCUCAUUCUUUCUUGUUAGAUGCGUUAAAUGGAUCCGCAAUCUUUAAAUUCGUCCUUGAAGUCGAAGGGUUUAUAUUCCUCCAUCCAUUCCUGUCUGCAUGGCACUGUUUUAAUUCUUUGCUUCAUAGCCUCCACUUCUUCUCGUCUACAUUUAAUUAAUUUGAUUCGGUGAAUGCCCUAUGCGACAGACAAUAAAGACGAACGUAAUCGGCACAUUGAACAUGCUGGGUCUCGCAAAGAGGGUUGGAGCAAGGUGAGAACCCUAAUCUGUUCUGAAAUUAGAAUUUUUAUCCGGAAAAAGGUUUUAACCCGCUGGCAUUUUGCUUGCCACAGGAUUCUUCUCACGUCAACCUCAGAGGUAUAUGGCGACCCUCUUGAGCACCCUCAGACAGAGGAGUAUUGGGGCAACGUCAAUCCCAUCGGUAUCUCUACUGACUCAUUUUUGGUUUCUCAUUAAACCUUAUUCUGCAUGCUCUUGAGACAAUGAGCGUGUAGAUAAAGAUCAGUACCGUGGUUUGUUUUCUAUUUUGAAUGAAGUUUUAAUUAAAUAAAUGUGAAUUAAUAAAUUUAUUGUUUAAUCCAAAUGAAAUCCAUUUUGAUGUUUUUUAUGUAUGUAAUGUGUAUUUCUCUCUGCGGGUGAUUUUUUCUGUGUAAUGCAGGAGUAAGAAGUUGCUACGACGAGGGGAAGCGUGUGGCAGAGACCUUGAUGUUUGAUUAUCAUCGGCAGCAUGGAGUUGGUAAAACUCCGGGCCUUACACCGUUCCCCAGCUUCUUAUUAUAUUUCUAAUUGUGGGGUUUAAUCACUGACCACGUCCAGUUUUUGGAAAGCUCAUCCAUAAUUAAUUACACCAUAUCGCUGCACUGUAGAUGCUUAAUUCGUGUACAAUCUUCUUAAACCACUUCUCAAUCCCUCAUCAGAAAUCCGAAUUGCGAGGAUUUUCAACACCUACGGGCCACGCAUGAACAUCGAUGAUGGCCGCGUGGUCAGCAACUUCAUAGCUCAAGCUCUCAGGUGGUAGAUCUUGGCAAAUCCUUUUGCUUGUUUUCUUCGCGGGCGCCACUAAAAAUUGAAAAAGUCUGGGUCUUGCAGAGGCGAGCCCUUGACUGUUCAAUCUCCGGGAACGCAGACCCGGAGCUUCUGCUACGUUUCCGACAUGGUAGCCUUCAUCUGGUUCAUUCUGGUGUUUAUAUGCGGCAUUGGGUUCAUAUUUCAUCGUCUGAAAUAGGACUCUUUGUCGUCUCAAUGACCCAGGUCGACGGCCUCGUCCGACUGAUGGAAGGCGAUCACACGGGACCGAUCAACAUCGGCAACCCAGGUGGGCUUCCCCGGACGAUCUUGAGUUGACUUCACAUCAGAUGAAUUCUACCUGCAAAAAAAAAAAAACAAAAAAAUGCUGCCCAUCAGUCGAAUAUUUCUCACAUGCUAACUUGCCCUCUUCUCCAGGUGAGUUCACCAUAAUGGAGCUCGCGCAGACUGUGAAGGAGGUGAGCUUCUUAUUCUUCCUGAACCAGAGAGAGAGAUAGAGAGAGAGAGAGAGAGAGAGAGAGAGUCAAUGGAAUGAUGAGUGAUGGGCUGUUCUUUUUGUUUGGUCUCCCCUCAGUUGACUAACCCUUCGGUGCCGGUGAACGUGGUGGAGAACACGCCGGAUGACCCGCGGCAGAGGAAACCGGACAUCAGCAAGGCCAGGGAGCUGCUGGGGUGGGAGCCCAAAGUGGGGCUGCGGCAGGGGCUCCCCCUCAUGGAGGAGGACUUCCGGCAGAGGCUCGCCAUCCCCAGGGAGAACUGA